AAUGGCGACCCCACCACUACCACCCUGCAAUCUCUAGAGGAUCUCAUCUCUGUCUCUCUCUCUCUCCCCCUUUUACAAAGCUUAAAUAACCUCUUCUCUCCUCUUGUUUCUCUCUUUUUGCUUCUUCUCCUAAACCCUAAUUCACACCACUUGGCUAGAGGGACUAAGAAGAAGAAAGAACCCUUUCAAAUCUCUUCACCUCUCUCCUCUCUCGCUCUGUCUUUCUCUGUCUGCAGUUUCAGUCUUGUACUUUUAUAUAGAAACUUUUCUUUCUAGAGAAAGACAAGGAAGAGAUUUGAGAAGUCCAUUGUUGCAUGUAGAUCAGAGCUUUACAGAUAUGGGUAUGGAUUCUUGCAACAGUGGUAGUAUGCAAUCUUCAAGUGGUGGUGAUGAAGAGUAUGAUUCUCGACCCGAGACUCUCUCUCCUUUCUUGAAUCCUUCACUCAGCUUCAACUCAAUCUCAAACCACCCACCACCACCACAACAACCACCACCACCACAUCUCUCUCACCACCACCAAGGCACUUUCUUUGACCCUCAGUCCCAGACCCAAAAUCUCAACCCCUUUUCACACUCUCCGCAAAACCCAAAUCCAAAUAAUAAUCUAUACAAUCUUGAUGCCGUUUGGUCCAGAUCAGAUCCCAAUUACACUGAUCUUGCAAAUCUCAUUGGCUUAUCAUCUUCAUCAUCACCACCACCAACCCAAUCUAUUCUAGUUUCUCAAAAGGGUCAGUUUCAAAACUCGUCAUCAUCGUCAAUUCCAUUACCAUCUAACGGUGGUGGUGGUGGUGGGAGAGGUAGUAUUACACCGAGGUCCAAUCAAACCACCCUAGUCAACAAGAACUCGAGGAAGCGAACCAGAGCUUCCCGGCGAGCACCCACCACCGUACUUGCCACCGACACGUCAAAUUUCCGGCAAAUGGUGCAAGAAUUCACCGGCAUCCCCGCGCCACCGUUUCAGGCCUCGCCGUAUUCCCGGCUCGACCUCUUCGCCGCCGGCUCCGCCCUCAGGUCUGGUCUUUAUCACCCUUUUGUAUCGUCCUCUUCAUCUCCUUCAUUGUUGAACUUGAACCCUAUUAUGGUUGAUUCCAUAGCUCAUAACAAUAGUAGUACUACUAUUGCUAAUACUACUACUGGCAGUAUCGUUACCACCACUGGUGUUACGAAUAAUUUCGCGUCGGCUUCAAAUGGAUACCAAGUGCCUCACCAAAACAUGCAAAACCCAUCAAUUCUAUCGUUUCAGAAUCUCUUACAGUCUCCUCUUAAGUACCCACUAGCCAAUGCUUCCGUUUUUGGCUCGAAAUCACAGGGAAGUUCAGAAAUUCCAUCAAUUGGUGAAUUGGGUAUGAGUCGUGAACGUGUCAAUAAUGCGAAUCUUGGUGGGUUUUUGAGCCAUGGAAGCUCCGAUGGCGGGCAAGCGGGGAUCAAUGGUAAUCUGUCAAGAUGGAGAGGUGAAGAAGGAGCAUCUAAAGAUGGGGGUCAAGAACUCUUGGGUUCUUUUGAUGGGAACAAUAGUGGUUACUCACAAAAUGUUAGUAAUAGUACCUAUAAGCUCAACUGUUGAGUUAUUUCGAAACUUAUAUCUCAAAUGUAAGUUAUUCUGAACUUAUUUUCCCAACUCAAGUCGUUUCGUGAUGUUGUGUUUUGGAUUUCAAAAAAUCCUGUUUUGAAAAUAUUGAUCCAUAUGCGUUUGAAAAGUAAGUUUGAGUUUGAGAAUUUUGGUUCGGAAAGAAAUGAAUUGGGUAACAAAUAGUCAGCCUCUACAUCAGAAUUCCAACAUGAGCAAUGGGUUUGAUUUGGAAAAUGUUUCCUUAAGCAACGAAGCUGUGUGGUGAUGAUGAUGAUUGAUAACCAGCCUUGUGUUGUUGUUCUUGUCUUCUUGAUUAACAAAACCGAAUCACCAUUUAUUGCUGUUAAGAUUCGACAUCCAUCUUAUUUUCAUCAUGUUACAUGUACAUAACCUCUUUUCUUCUUUUGUAGUCUUGAUUAAACAGCCAGAUAUAGAAUAUUACAGAUUUUUGGUUC